GGGACGCGCCCUGUGCCUUGCAGUGCCCGCGCACGCCUUGUAGACACGCCCCCUCCACGUCACCAGACAGGCCGGGGCAGACAUGGCGGAGCGGAGGAGACACAAGAAGCGGAUCCAGGAGGUAGGUGAGCCGACCAAAGAUGAAAAAGCAAUUGCUAAGUACCUGCGUUUCAACUGCGCAUCAAAGUCUACCAACAUGAUGGGGCACAGAGUUGACUACUUUGUUGCUUCCAAAGCGGUGGACUGUCUUCUUGAUUCUAAAUGGGCAAAAGCGAAGAAAGGAGAAGAGGCCUUGUUUACGAACCGGGAGUCCGUAGUUGACUUUUGCAACAAGCUUCUUAAGAAACAGUUCUUUCACCGUGCAUUAAAAGUGGUGAAAAUGAAGCCAGACAAAGACCCAAAGAAGGAGAAAGAGAAGGGCAAAAAUGACAGUGCUAAAGAAGAUGAGAAAAAGAGUAAAAAAGAUACUUCUAAGGAGGAUAAAGCCAAGAAGGAUAAAGAGAAGAAAAAGGAAGCGGAGAAAGAAGAAAGCAAAAAGGAUGAGACUCCUGGAACUCCUAAGAAAAAGGAAACCAAGAGAAAGUUUAAGCUUGAGCCACAUGAAGAUCAGGUUUUCCUGGAUGGCAAUGAGGUGUAUGUGUGGAUCUAUGACCCAGUCCAUUUUAAAACCUUCGCUAUGGGCCUCAUCCUUGUAAUCGCUGUGAUCGCCGCCACCCUCUUUCCUCUUUGGCCCGCGGAAAUGCGUGUUGGAGUUUAUUAUCUCAGUGUGGGAGCUGGUUGUUUUGUGGCCAGUAUUCUUCUUCUUGCUGUCGCUCGAUGCAUUCUGUUCCUUAUCAUUUGGCUCCUGACUGGAGGAAGACACCACUUCUGGUUCCUUCCUAACCUGACGGCGGAUGUUGGCUUCAUCGACUCUUUCCGACCACUAUAUACUCACGAUUACAAGGGACCAAAGACCGAGCAGAAGAAAGAUGAAAAGCAAGAUUCGAAAAAGCCACUAAAGUCUGACAGUGAAGAUAAAUCUGACAGCGAGAAAAAGGAAGACGAGGAGGCUAAGGUAGCUGAGGCAGCAGAAGGAUCAGGCACUGAAGGCUCAGGUCCAGAAAGGCAGUCAGACACAGACAGUGACAGGCGAGAGGAUGAAGGCUCACAGCACAGUAGUGGCAAUGGCAAUGAUUUUGAAAUGAUCACAAAAGAGGAACUUGAGCAGCAGACAGAUGAAGGAGACUGCGAGGAAGAAGAGCAGGAAGCGACAGCCGAGACAGAACCUCUGCGUGAAACAUCUUAAUGCAGUGGCGGGGCUGUAGGACUGAUUUAUGUGCAUACGAAAGGAUUUUUCUGUGGAGUGAUCACCAAAACAUUCACACAUCUCUUCUGUCUUCUAUCAGAUAUGCAGGGUGGAUAGGGAUCAUCAAAUUCACCACACAGAUAGCAUUCUAGCUUCAAAUAUGAUCUUAAAGUUCUUUUUGAAUUUCCUUUUAUCUGUAAAAAAAAGACCAAAUUGCAAGGGUCUUCAGCUCCUGCCUGCUCUUAGUGCACUUUCAUAUAUGAGCCACUGGGUUAGAUGACGCUUUUUUUGACCUCUGCAUGCCGCGCUAACGCAUAAUGGUCGGUCUACUGCAUGCAAUGCAAUACGGUCUCUUCAUUUCAGGAAGUGUUAGGGGGAAAAACCUCAGCAGCUCUCUAUUGUAGCAAAGUAUUUAAUGAUUAAUAUAUUUUUUAAGAGGUACUCUCUUAUAUAUGCUUGGUCAGGUCAGCGUGUACUCGGCAUUAAAGUGCUAUUCCAUCAUCGCCAAAACUGGAGAUUUUUCUAUAUAUUUUUUUCCUUUGAAUUUGAUGAUCCCUAUUUACAUAUUAAUCUGUCUGUCCCUUUUAUGUAUAUUAAAGUUUAGAUUUUUUUAAUACAACAUGUAACUAUUGUUGACAACCCCUCCUAUGUAACAGUUGAGCUCACCAAUCUUUGCAUUUGUUUUAAAGCGCAAAAAAAAAAUAUAUAUACCAUCUCACUUUUAUUAAUAGUACAGUGGAAACAAUCAGUAUGCAGACAACUAUGUACUAGAACUGUCCAACAGAAUGGUGCUUUCAAAUUUUUGAUACUUUAUUCACAUAAGUAAUGCAGGCGUUCAGCAUGGUCAAGCAGCGGGAGCAUCUCCCAUCUAUGGUAUUGUCCCUGUUAAAGUAUAAUACUGUCCAUAAUGCAAAUCUUAGUUUCGGUAAGACUACAGGACCAGUCUACUGACAGCAAAGGCAGUUGUCUGAAUAAUAAAGGGGUUGUAUCA